AUGUCGCAAAGUGAGUCGGACAGCUGCCCGGCCGGCCUGACCCCUCCGCUCCUGGAGAGCCAGUUUUCCACAGAGCUCCACAUCUAUGAGCCGGGCGAUGAAGACUACCCACCGGCGCAGGCUGAAACGCCCCAAACGCCCCAGGAGGACGCCCCCACACCCCCGGGCAGCGUGCCGGACGGGGCCGGCGUGGCCCAGCGGGCGGUCUGGACCACCCGCCACCAGCUGGCCCCUAAGACUUCGUCCGGCCGCCACCACCACGCCAAGAACCGCCACCACACCACGGUGGUGACCUUCCCCGUGGGGCUGGAGAAGGCCGUGGGCGGCAGCCGCGGCCGGCACUCGGCCCAGGGCCCGGACGUGUCCUGGGAGGACUACGACAGCGACGGGGACGGCUUCGCUCUGAGGAGGAACCGCAGGAACAAGUCCUACAGGGCGGCGGUGACCAGCCUGGACAUCGAGGCUCUGGGGGCAGCGGCGCGAGCGGCCCCCGCUCUGCUGAAACCCGUUAAAGAGGGCAGAGCGAGCAGUCCGGGUCCAGCCCGCAGCCCCGGGCGCAAGCGAACCCUGGGAAGAAAGAGGAACCAGCGUGGAUCUUUCAAAAAUGCUACACCCUGCCUCUACCAGGAGAUCCGUGAGCGGGGCCUUCACUCCACCAACCAGGACGAGUUACUGGAGGAUUUUGUGGUGGUGGAGCCGGCCGUGGAGGACCAGGGCAUCGUGGUGAAGAGCUACAGGCCAGCGCAGCUCACCUGGAGCCAGCUGCCACAAGUGAAGGACACCGAUAUUUUAUCAAGAAUCACUCCUCAAGAAAGAAAGAGACAAGAGGCCAUUUUUGAGAUCAUCACCUCAGAGCACUCGUACCUGCACAGCCUGGGCAUCCUGAAAAAAAAUCUACCUUCUUCACUUUUCCUCCCCCACAGUUUUUUUGAGGAUCUGGAACAACGUCACAACGAAAACCCAGUGAUCCGGGAAAUCAGCGACAUCGUUCAGAACCACUCGUCCCACCACUUCGACCCCUACAUCGUCUACUGCUCCAACGAGACCUUCCAGCAGAGAACGCUGCAGGCGCUGCUGAACAACAACGCCGCCUUCAAAGAGACCCUGAAGAAGAUCGAGGCCAGCGGCGAAUGCGGAGGCCUGCCCAUGCUGUCCUUCCUCAUCCUGCCCAUGCAGCGGGUGACCAGACUCCCGCUGCUGCUGGACACCAUCUGCCAGAAGACUCCAGCCAACACGGCAGAGUACUUUGCUGCCGUUUGGGCGCUGAACGCCAUGAGCAAGCUGGUCACCAGCUGCAAUGACGGGGCCCGGCGGAUGGAGAGAACCGAGCAGAUGUACACCAUCCAGAAGCAGAUGGAUUUUGGAAAAAUCAAGCCGUUCCCGCUGGUGUCGGCCUCGCGGUGGAUAAAGAAGCGCGGGGAGCUGGCCAUCUCCGCCGAGGAGCUCAGCAUAUGGAGGGCGUUCAGCAACAAGAGCUACUACCUGUUCCUCUUCAACGACGUGCUCAUCGUCACCAGGAAGAAGAGGGAGAAAGCAAACAAAGUGGGCUCAGAGGAAAAGAGCUGCGCUGGAGUCAUUCUAACGUCAGCAAAGUCCACGGCCUGGCCUGGUUCUGCGGGCGGGAAAGAACCUUUUGUCUGUGUGCGCAGCGAGGAGAGCUUUGUAGUGCUGGACUACGACAUGCUGGAGAACGUGCAGGUGGAGGUGGGCGAGGAUGCAGAGGGACGGAUGUCUCCGCCCGCCAAAAACAGCACGGGUCACCUCUCUUUCAAGCUGCGGAUGAGCAAGAACAGCGAGGGCAGAUCGGAGCAGCUCUCCCUGGUGGCGGCCUCCAGGGUGGACCGUGCACGCUGGAUAGUGGCGCUAACGGAGCACAAGCAGAUGGGUGUCACGUGCACAGACGGCCUGCCCCAGUACGAGGCCACCAAGGCCUACAUGCCGAAGGAGCCGGACGAGCUGGGGCUGCGGCAGGCCGAGCUGGUCAUCGUCCUGCAGAAGGAGGAAGCGUGGUGCUACGGAGAGAGGAUGCGGGAUGGAGGAAGGGGCUGGUUUCCCGCCAGCUGUGCCACAGAGAUCACCAACCCCACGGCCAUGGAGAGCAACGUGCAACGCAUGAAGCGGCUGCGCAAGGAGACCAACGUUUGA